AUUGAUUCAGGGAUCUUUUACCUGGGACCGGGAGGUGUUUCUGUUCACCGUAACAAUCGGCAUCUUCCUCGCACUCGCGGCCCUCGCCAUGAUCAUGACCAACGGCUGGCCGAUGGUCUACAGGACACUCUUCGCACCUUUCUCUGUCUGUGUGAUCAUCCUCCUAGCAGCUGGUUUUUGAACAGGAAGAAGGACUACAAGGAUGGGAGGUUCUCUCAGGUUGUUUCUAACGCUCUGGACAUGAAGCUCAGGGAUGACCUUGAGAGGCUGAAGAAGAUCAGGAACCACCGUGGUCUCCGUCACUACUGGGGUCUCCGUGUCCGUGGUCAGCACACCAAGACUACUGGCAGGAGGGGAAAGACUGUCGGUGUCUCCAAGAAGAGAUAAAUUCCAUGCCCAUCAGCACAGCAAAUAUGCAUUUUGCUUAUCUUAUGAGCGUUUUAAUGAUGUCAGUCUUGAUAGGCAGUUUUGUUGGAUGAUGCUUUUGUCAACUUUUAUACUCCGAUAUUGUAACUUGGUUGUUUGGUACUGCGAA